GACGCAGAGUGCGGCGAAAUUGUGGCAAUCAAGCAGGUGUCACUCACGCGUGCAGUGGCGGCGCUGCGUCGUAACCCCAACGUGGACAACCCCUGGAGCGAGCACAAGGUGGUCUCUCGCCUCAUGACACUGCCGCCGCACACCAAUGUCGUGCAUUUCCGCGGCGAGUUUCUAAACGCACAGGGCACCUGGUGUGUUGUCAUGGAGUUCUGUGCAGGCGGCGACCUGUGGGACCUAUUAGAGCGAGCACCCAAAAACCGCCUGCCCGAGAUCGAUGCACGCCAUCUCUUUCGCCAGUGCGUGCGUGGUGUGCAGUUCUUACACUCGCAUGGUAUUGCGCAUCAGUUAAAUCACCAAUAA